GCCAAAUGUAAACAAACAAACCUCUAAAGUUCCCACACCGUGGAGUUGUUAGUCAACAUCGCGACAGUACAAUAAUAUGCCAAGAAUUUGAGACAGACACUCCCUUCGGCUGGUUGUGCUGUGGUGGUAUUUCACACACCGUGCUCCAUAAUGCACAAGCAACCUGUGUCACUGUGAACAAGGUCAAGGAAGAGACUGCCCCAUCCCGUCCAGCACUGAGGUAACCGCGUCUGCUGCUGCUACUCACCCUUCGUGCCUUAGUCCCUGCCAGAAUAACCAACACACAAAAAUGCCUAAGAAGUUUCAAGGGGAGAACAGUAAGUCUGCUGUAGCCAGGGCACGUAAAGCAGAAGCUGCAGCUCAAGAGAAGCAAAAGAAGGACAAGGCAUUAGCGGAUGCUUAUUGGGCAGAUGAUGACAAGCAUAUCCAGCGGAAGCAAGCAAGGAAGGAGGAGCGUGAGAAAAAACGACAGGCAGACUUAGAAAGGAAAGCAGAAAUUCGGGCAUUAGCAGAAAAUGAACUUAAGGACUUCAUUCCAAAAGCAACUCCACAGAAGAUCACUGCAUUCCAGCUGCAGGAAAACCGAGAAAAUAUGAUGAAGGCGAAGAAUGAGGAAGAGGCAGUUCCAACUCAUCUUGAAGUGCCUCUUGUGGAAAACCUCAACAGGACUAUGGAGGAUCAAGUGCAAGCAAGUGGUAUUGAUGCUGCUAUAACUGCACUUAGCGUUGAAGAUGGACCACAAGAUCGUCAUCCAGAGAAGAGGGUAGCAACUGCAUUCAAGGCUUAUGAGACACGCAGGCUUCCACAGCUCAAGAAGGAGAACCCUUCACUACGGCUGUCCCAGCUCCAAAAGAUGUUAAGAAAGGAGUGGCAAAAGAGUCCAGAAAAUCCUGUAAAUAAGUUAAAUUGAUUAUGAGAUUAUGUGGAGCAUCACUUUACGGUGAUCACUGUUGUGUCCAUAGUGGACAGUCUUGAACUGAAGAUAUCAAUUUGAGUCAUGGUAUGACUUGGAACCAU